AUGUUCUCUAAGGUCACCUGCAUCCUACAGCACGCCAUGGAGGCACUUACACCUUCUCUUGCUUUACGGGAAGAUUUUGUUUAUCACUGGAAGGCAAUUACCCAGUACUACAUCGAGACUUCAGAUGCUAAAGCCCCAGUGACUAACACGAACAUUCCAUCUCAUCUGGAACAGAUGAUGGAUAUACUGGUUCAAGAAGAAAAUGAGCUGGAAUCUGGAGAGACAGGGCCAUGCAUGGAAUAUCUGCUCCAUCAUAAGAUCUUGGAAAUGCUGUACACCUUAGGGAAAGAUGAUUGUCCUCCAGGCAUGAAGCAGCAGGUUUUGGUGUUCUAUACUAAACUUCUGGGAAGAAUCCAGCAGCCACUGCUUCCACACACUAAUGUGCACAAGCCUGUGCAGAAAUUAAUUGGACUCUGUGGUGAAGUCCUUGCAACACCAACGGAAAAUGAAGAGGUUCAAUUUCUCUGUAUUGUGUGUGCCAAACUGAAAGAGGAUCCCUACUUGAUUAAUUUUUUUCUGGGGAAUCAGUUGAAGUCAUUGGCUUCCAAAGGAACAUCCAAUGUAAUUUCAGAAGACGCACUGAAAGGUCAAGAUUCUUUGUCAGCUGAUUCAGGACAAUCCUAUCAGCCAGAGGCGCUGUCUGGUGUUAAUGGAGUGCAGCACACAGACUCCAUGGAUGAGCCCUCUCACUGGUUGGAUGACCUGUGCACAAGCUUGGGUGACCUUGAUAUCACGUCACUGCUAGAGGCCUCCAUUGUUUGUUCAAAGCAGGAUUACAAUUUAGUGAAUUCUUUGUUAAAUCUUGCUAGAAGUCCAGAUGGCCGAAUAGCUGUGAAAGCAUGCGAGGGCUUGAUGCUGCUAGUGAGUUUGCCAGAGCCUCCAGUUGCAAAGUGCUUUACUCAGAGCAUUUGCUUGAGUGAACUGCUGACUGACAGGCUCACCUCACUGUACAAGGCCCUACCUCGGUCAGUGGAUCCAUUAGAUAUUGAAACAAUGGAAGCAAUUAAUUGGGGGUUGGACUCCUACAGUCAUAAAGAAGAUGCUUUAGCAUUCCCAGGGAAACGAGACUUAAUUUCAUUUCUUUCCUGGUUUGAUUAUUGUGACCAACUCAUUAAGGAAGCACAAAAGACUACUGCUGUUUUUCUUGCCAAAGCUGUUCAUGAAAGAUUUUUCACUGGUGUUCUGGAACCUCAGUUAAUGCAAACUUCUGAGAUGGAUAUUCUGACAUCAACUGCUCUGCUGCAUCGCAUUGUUCGACAAGUAACCUCUGCUGAUUUGCUUCAAGAAAUUGUGGUUUUUAUCCUUGGAGAUCAGAGGGAACCAGAAACUCUGGCAGAAAUUGGCAGACAUCCUUUAAGACAGAGGUUAAUUGAACAUUGUGAUCAUAUAUCUGAUGAGAUAAGCAUAACAACACUGAGAAUGUUUGAACACCUUCUACAAAAACCCAAUGAGAACAUUCUUUACAACUUGGUCCUAAAAAAUCUUGAAGAAAGAAAUUAUACAGAAUACAAACCUUCGUGCUCAGAAGACAGAGAUGUGGCAGAGAAUGGCUUACUAACAGGAGCAGUGCAUCUGGAGGGAGAUUGGUUAUUUACUGACAUUUCACCAGACAACACUUUGUCAAAUCAAGAGUGGCUUAGGUCUUCAGCUCGUGCCAGUCUAGACCACUCUCAAAAUGAUGGGAAACCUGAAGUCCAUAAAAUUGUAAAUAGCUUUCUCUGUCUGGUACCGGAUGAAGCAAAAUCAUCCUACCGUGUUGAAGGCUGUGGAUAUGACACCUACCUCCGAGAUGCUUAUAGGCAGUUCCAGGACUCAUGUGCCAUCUGCUUGAGAUGGGAGUGGCCUGGGUCUCCAAAAGCACUGGAAAAGUGUAAUUUGGAAGGAGCUUUCUUUGAAGGCCACUUUUUGAAAGUUUUAUUGGACAGAAUGGGAAGACUUCUUGAUCAGCCAUACAAUGUGAACUUGCAGGUGACCUCAGUGUUGUCUAGACUCUCCCUCUUCCCACACCCCCACAUACAUGAGUAUCUUCUGGAUCCCUAUGUGAACCUGGCCUCUGGCUGUAGAUCCCUCUUCUCUGUGAUCAUCAGGGUUGUUGGAGACCUGAUGGUUAGAAUUCAGUGCGUUGAAAACUUCGUUCCCAAGCUUCUGCUUGUCAGAAAGCGACUACUUGGCUUGGAACCCAAAGGUCCUGUUAUUGACCAUAUCACAUUGCUAGAGGGUGUGAUUGUGUUAGAAGAGUUCUGUAAGGAACUGGCCACAAUUGCAUUUGUGAAAUACCAUACUUCCUUCACACAGUGA